UAGUCGUCACUAUUAAAUAUAAUAAUUAUUUUUUAAUUGUGCAAAAAAAGUGAUCAGACAGCAGUCUUUCAAUUAUUGGCUAAUUCAUUUAUUUAGACAUUAUUAUAAAAUUAAAACAAUUUAAUUAUUUUAAAUUCAAAUUUUAAAAAAUUUAAUAGUUUAAUUAUUGUGAAAAUUUGACAAAAAUAAUAACAAUGAUGUUGAUAAAAACUAUUAUAUUGAGUGGAUGGUUCGCCAGUGUUUCGUGCUACGAAUUCAAAAACUUCAAAUUACCAUCAACAAAUCCUCCAAUCACAGACACAGAUAUGGCUCAACUUUUUGAACUUUGUUUUGCAAAUACAACAAAUCCGAUAGUCAUAACGGAAAAUUUGGUAGAGACAUUUCACAAAAAUUUGCCCAUCACAAUAAGGGCACCUGUCAUUAUCAUCAACGAAAACUUUAUCGCUAAAGACAUUCAACUGUACAAUCCAACUUAUCCGAUGUAUAUUUUAUCGGUGUCGAGUGCUAAGGAGAUGUUCAAACUCUUAGUAAAAUUGCAUCAUUCACCGUUAUGGAGCCGAAAAUCCAAAGUUUUUGUGAUUUUCGAAACCGACAAACCUUGCGUGAAUUCAUGGGAAAUUCUCAAAAGACUGUGGCGGUUUCAAGUGUUAUCAAGUAUCAUAGCAUGCUCCGGAACCAGUAAUGAAACAACCCUUUUUACUUAUAAUCCAUUCACAAAGCGAGCACCCGAUCCUUGGGUCGACAAUAACAUGUAUUAUUUUGACUUCUAUAAUCGACCAGUGUUUCUUUUCAAUCAAUCUUUUUCAAACGAUCAUAAAAUAUGUGAGACUCUCUUCUUCGAUAAAACUGAAUUUCUUGAUGGCUAUCCCGUCAAUAUUGCCGCAACUUAUAGCACUACUGAUUUGCUACUCCGUGUCGUAUUUAAUUCUUUAAACAUGACUCCACAAGUAACUUACUUUGGUAAUAAUAUUCACAAAUUGUUUUGGUCAAUAGUGACUGAAAAAAAUGAUAUCUGUACCUCAUACAAAUACGAUAUGGACCCUCGUAGUGUAGACACAGUGCCACUGAAGCGCGAAAUAUAUUUUAUCAUAGUAACACAAAAGGCAAAUUUUCUAUCAGCAUCUGAUGAAAUUGCAAAUGUAAUCGAUAUCAAUGGAGCCAUAGCGAUAAUUUUUCUUCUUCUUCUAAUUACCCUCUUGAUUGUGUUGCACAAUGAGUAUCAGAUCGGAUUGGCUGUUCUGGAUGUCCUGAAGCUGCUGAUGAGUAUGGGGAUCGAUGCACCCCUUGACCGUCUCGCCAUGAAAAUCACCUUCUUCACGGGAUUUUUUUUCGUUUUUUUAUUUAGUCCAUUGCUUGAGGGACAAUUAUUUGCCGUAUUAACUCGCCCGCCGACUUAUAACAUCGAGUCUCUUAAAGACUUGUACGAUCAUAAGUAUCACGUAUAUUGUCCAACGAUAGUUGAGGAUCAUAUUAUGGAAGAGCAAUUAUGGAAUACUGUUGAGGCCAGGAAAUAUUUGCAUUCAGAAGAUUCCUUUGACUUUUUCGGCGAUUGUUUGACACGAGUCAGCACAAAUAAUACGGUUGCAUGUAUAUUACCAGAUGAAGUAUUAAUUAACUAUGCUCUCAAAAAAAAUUUGCAUAUAUCAGAACGUUUCAUGCUGAAAGUAUCAGGUUUUUAUCAGACGACUCACGAUUGGGUUCUGGCGGAUCGAUUUUACCAUAAAGGAUUAAAUUUUCAAGAAUCCGGGAUCUUUGAUCGACUAAGUAGCAUUUCGCUGAAGAAUCCACUGAAGAAGAUAAAAGCUAAGGAAAGACUUAAGAAAAUCGUUGAUUAUCAAACAAUUGACGCUGUAGAUUUAACGUAUUUAUAUGUAUUUAUGGCAUUCUUUCAGUGUUUGGCCAUUAUUGUUUUUGGUAUUGAGUAUAUUAUUGGACGUUAUCGCCGUCCAAGACAAUAACAAAUAAAGAUCCAUUAGCUUACGAACAAUGUGUGUUAUUAAUAAAAGUGCAGUCGCGCGUGCUCGGCUUAAUAAAUUCGACCACUUGGAUUGUCUUUCAUUCACAAAAUUUAAGGUCAAUUUAUUUUAAUUAGAUAUUUUAUCAACUGUAGACUUAUACAAUUCGUGAGUGUGAAAUCCAACAUUUGACCAUCGGAUUUAUUCUAUAUUUGAUAAUAUUUAUCAAAGUGACUACUAACAUAAUUUUCAAGUAUUUAAAUAUUAUUUAAGGGACUGUAAUGAUUAUAAUACUAAUCAAAUAUACAUGUUUCUCACUUCCGUUCGUGUUGUGAUAUUGUGUGAAUUUAUCUCUAAAUGAUGAAUGUAAAUUGUCUUUUAUAUAAAAAAUAAUUAUCUUAUUGAGGUACCACAGAAUUAAUUCAUCUCCGACUUCACCAUGAUUCCAAGUAAUUUAUCGACUCCUAACGAAUUAAUUGAUGUAUAAAGUAGAUAUAGUUAGAAAAGGUACAACUUUUUACGCGCUUAAUAGAGUGGGAGUUUAAUUUUUUGUGGAGGUAUAGAGGGGAAAAAUUUAAUUAUUGACUUUGUGAUUUAGAAAAAGAUUUUGCAAAA